AUGUCACUUGAUUGUCUCACCUACUCGACUACCAGCGCAGGCCUCCCCUUCCUACUUCUCCCGAAAGAGCACCUCAAACACUCCCUGCCCAAAAGGGUCUCUUUAACGCUUAAUCCUACACACUUGCCCUCAGAAUAUCGUCGUGGUUCCAAUGGGACAGCAUUCAUCACUAACAAAAGAUUGGUGUACAUUGCUGAGAAACACCCUGACAAUGAUUUCCAGGAUUUCGUACUACUUUUCAAUGCAAAUUUACACGAUUUCAAGAUGGAAACCCCUUGGUUCGGAGCAAAUAAGUUUACAGUUUUGUUCAAACCAACAAUGGAAAAUGCUGGCUUGAAUCAUAUGUAUAUUUGGAAAGGAAUUUUUAGUUUCAAUGAAGGAGGAAUCGCGGACUUCUCAACACAAGUUGGAAAAGCUUAUAACGAAUGGAAAUAUGGCCAGGAUGGCGAACAGCUUCCUGCAUACCAUGAAUAA